CCCAGCUGUCACUCAUCUCUCGUCCCGCGGCGCGACACAGCCCGGCGCGGCCUGUAGAGCAGUCUCGAAGCCUGCUGCAGGGAGAAGAUGGCGGUCGCAGUGAGAACUUUGCAGGAGCAGCUAGAAAAGGCCAAAGAGAGCCUCAAGAACGUGGAUGAGAACAUCCGCAAGCUCACUGGGCGGGACCCGAACGAUGUGAGGCCCAUCCAAGCCAGGUUGCUGGCCCUUUCCGGUCCUGGUGGAGGUCGGGGACGUGGUAGUUUAUUGCUGAGGCGUGGAUUCUCAGAUAGUGGAGGAGGACCCCCAGCCAAACAGAGAGACCUUGAAGGGGCAGUCAGUAGGCUGGGUGGGGAGCGUCGGACUCGGAGAGAAUCACGCCAAGAAAGCGACCCAGAGGAUGAUGAUGUUAAGAAGCCAGCUUUGCAGUCUUCAGUUGUAGCUACCUCCAAAGAACGCACACGUAGAGACCUUAUCCAGGAUCAAAAUAUGGAUGAAAAGGGAAAGCAAAGGAACCGGCGAAUAUUUGGCUUGUUGAUGGGCACCCUUCAAAAGUUUAAACAGGAAUCCACUGUUGCUACUGAAAGGCAAAAGAGGCGACAGGAGAUUGAACAGAAACUUGAAGUGCAGGCAGAGGAAGAAAGAAAGCAGGUUGAAAAUGAGAGGAGAGAACUAUUUGAGGAGAGGCGUGCUAAACAGACAGAAUUGCGGCUUUUGGAACAGAAGGUUGAGCUUGCACAGCUGCAAGAAGAAUGGAAUGAGCAUAAUGCCAAAAUAAUUAAAUAUAUAAGAACUAAGACAAAGCCCCAUUUAUUCUAUAUUCCUGGAAGAAUGUGUCCAGCUACCCAAAAACUAAUAGAAGAGUCACAGAGAAAAAUGAAUGCUUUAUUUGAAGGUAGACGCAUCGAAUUUGCAGAACAAAUAAAUAAAAUGGAGGCUAGGCCUAGAAGACAAUCAAUGAAGGAAAAAGAGCAUCAGGUGGUGCGUAAUGAAGAACAGAAGGCGGAACAAGAAGAGGGUAAGGUGGCUCAGCGAGAGGAAGAGUUGGAGGAGACAGGUAAUCAGCACAAUGAUGUAGAAAUAGAGGAAGCAGGAGAGGAAGAGGAGAAGGAAAUAGGUAUAAUUCAUAGUGAUGCAGAGAAAGAACAGGAGGAGGAGGAACAAAAGCAGGAAAUGGAGGUUAAGAUGGAAGAGGAAACUGAGGUAAGGGAAAGUGAAAAGCAGCAGGAUAGUCAGCCUGAAGAAGUUAUGGAUGUACUAGAGAUGGUGGAGAGUGUCAAAAAUGUAAUUGCUGAGCAAGAGGUAAUGGAAACCAAUCAAGUUGAAAGUGUAGAACCUUCAGAAAAUGAAACUAGUAAAGAAUUGGAGCCAGAAAUGGAAUUUGAAGUUGAGCCAGAUAAAGAAUGUAAAUCUCUUUCUCCUGCGAAAGAGAAUUCCAGUGUUCUGGAAACGGAAACUGAGCCUGAGGACAAAGAAGAGAAAGAAUCUGAGCCCCAACCUGAGCCUUUGGCUCAGUCCCAGACUCAGCCUCAGCCUCUGGCUCAGUCCCAGCCCCAAACUCAACCUCAACCUCAGCCUCAGCCUCAGCCUCAAUCUCAGCCCCAGUCUCAGUCCCAAACAGUACUUCAGCCCCAACCUGUCUCUCAGCCUGAGACUUUGCCAUUAGCUGUUUUACAGCCACCACCUCAGGUUAUUCCGGAGCAAGGGCACUUACUACCUGAGAGGAAAGAGUUACCUGUAGAAUCAAUGAAACUGGCUGAGGUGACGGUAGAGCCAGUCUUGACAGCACAUCCAGAGAGCAAGAGCAAAACCAAAACUAGGAGCAGGAGUAGAGGUCGAGCUAGAAAUAAAACAAGCAAGAGUAGAAGUCGAAGCAGUAGCAGUAGUAGUUCUAGUAGUAGUUCGACCAGUAGCAGCAGUGGAAGUAGUUCGAGCAGUGGUAGUAGUAGUAGUCGAAGUAGCUCCAGUAGCAGCUCCAGUACAAGUGGCAGCAGCAGCAGAGAUAGCAGCAGCAGCAGCACUAGUAGUAGUGAGAGUCGAAGUCGGAGUAGGGGCCGGGGGCAUAAUAGAGACAGAAAGCACAGAAGGAGUGUGGAUCGGAAGAGAAGGGAUACUUCAGGACUAGAAAGAAGUCACAAAUCUUCAAAAGGUGGUAGUAGUAGAGAUACAAAAGGAUCAAAGGAUAAGAAUUCCCGAUCCGACAGAAAGAGGUCUAUUUCAGAGAGUAGUCGAUCAGGCAAAAGAUCUUCAAGAAGUGAAAGAGACCGAAAAUCAGACAGGAAAGACAAAAGGCGUUAAUGGAAGAAGCCAGGCUUUCUUUGCCUAUUCUUUGCAGCAGAAGAUUUCUUGAUGAGUAAAAGGAUUACCUUUCCUUGUAAGGAGGAUGCUGCCUUAAGAAUUGCAUGUUGUAAAAAGUCUUUUGGAAAAUACAAACUGUUUGUUUACCAGACAUUCUUGUACUUUUUGCAUAAUUUUGUAAGAGUUAUUUAUCAAAAUUAUGUGAGGUUCCAAAAUAUGUAAAAAUUAUAAUAAUAAAAAAAGAUUAACAUCCCUUGUCAUCUUUUUUAAAUACUCUACACUCUUCAGUAAGAAUCUGUAUAUUUUAAUAGGUAUAUCUAAGUCUGUCCCCUUCUAAUUCUGUAUCAUACAUUGCUUUUGUAGAAAUAAAUGUGCAUUUCUUUGAUUAGUUUUGGGAUGUUCUCGUUGACACUUGUACAAUAAAUAACCUCUUGAUAUUAUUUUCAGCUUUUAUCACUAGAUUCUGAACAUAAUUAGAAUGUCUUUGAAGGUUUCCUCACUUUCAUUUGCCUUAGACAAAUUAUUUUGAGUUGUCGAAGUCAGAUCUUUGCAGCUUUGAGGGAAACAUUAUUUGUUUUCCUUAAAAUCAUUUGCUAUUUUUUUUAAGCUUGUUAUUCUAAUCUAAGUUUCUCAAACCAUAUAUUUGGUAGGUAACUUAAAACGAUGUUUUGGUUAGCAUUUCCUUCAUGAUGAAGCAUCAAGUUUGUUUUCAUGGUUACUUGUGUGAUACAGCAUAUACAUUUGUUAAAAUAAUCACUUCUUUUAGGGGAGAUAGAAAAGUAUUUUCUAAAUUUGGUUAAGUUUGUGGUCUUGUCUUUUGUGUUGGCUCUAACUGAAACAUGCCAGUAUGUGUUUUCAAAACUAUUUGUUUAAGUAAGUAAGUAUUGUAUGGAAGUUUACAAAAUGAAGGAAACUCAUCUACACUUGAAUCUGUAAGCAAGGUAAUGCGCAAGUGUACCAAGUGAUUAACUUUGUUGUUUUAUAACUUUGUAUGAAUUUGGAGUAUCUGUUGCCCAUUACUAUGUGCAAAUAAAUGUGGCUUAGACUUGUGA